CGGCACUUCGCAGGCUGCAGGAGGGACCUCAGGGCUCCGCUCUGAACUUUGACUCCCGUCGGUCCCGGCCUCUCCCCAGGGCUCCCCUUGGCUCCCCGCUGCCCCCCCCGGCCCCCCUCUCGCUCGGCCUCGCAGGAUGCAGAUCUCACCCUUGCUGGCUGGUGGACUUUUACUCGCUCUGCUCUCCGUCAGGCUGGAGGCGAAACCGGCAUCUCAGCUCCCACAGAAGGCUGCCCGCGGCUCGGCGGCGGCGGCGGCGGCGGCGGCGGGUCCGCCCGAAGCGGCGGCGGAGCGGGAGAAGGAGCGGGAGAAGGAGCGCGGCGGCGGCGGCGGCGGCGGCGGCGGCGGUUCGGUGCCGCGGGAGGCGCGGGAGGCGCGGGCCGAGUCGCGGCCGCGGGCGGGCUGGGCGCGGCUGCUGCAGGACCCGCCGGGCCGCCGCCACAAGGGCCUCCACAAGAAGGGCCUGGGCAAGGGCUGCUUCGGCCUCAAGCUGGACCGCAUCGGCGCCAUGAGCGGCCUCGGCUGCUGAGGGACCCCUGGCGGGCUUUGAAUCCAUAGUCCAUUUUCUCUUACCGUGGCCAGGCAGGGCCAUCCCCCAGGCAACGCCUAGAAGAGCAGAGACCCCCCCCUGGAAUGGACAAAAGAUGUGGCUGUGUUUUUCUUUUUGGUACGAGGAGUCAUGGCACCAGCUGUUUUGGUUUUGUUAUUUUUUUAAAAAGUGCUCUCUAUCUUAUAUAUAUUAUAUAUACAAACACUCACCAAGACAAGGGACAGUGCUUUUCCAAGAGACUGAUGAAACCAGCUGUAUAACAUUGCUGUUUGUAAAUUCAUGUCAUGCAUAAAUGUAUUUAUGUUGUAAAGCUAUUUAUAUAUUGUUUAUAAAGAGAUAUUU